UCAGAUCAUGGGUAACUAGGCUUGAGUAGGGUUUUAAUACCUGCGAACAGAGUCGUCUAGGGUUUUGGAGUGAAGUAUUUUCAAAGGUUGAACACGCGAAAGAAAAAUGGGCUUCUGGGGAAUCGAAGUAAAACCAGGAAGACCUCAUCCCUAUCACCCUGAUAAUGUGCCGAGAAAACUGCGUGUGACACAGGCUACAUUGGGCAUUGGUUCGUCAAAAGAUAAAAGCAUUCUCCAGUGUUCCAAGGGACACAAGAGUCCAAUUUUCUUGUGUUCUCUAUUACCUAAUAAGACUGAGUCUUGCUCCUUGGAUCUUGAAUUCGAUGAUGAUGAAGAAUUAUUGGCGUUUUCAGUGAUUGGUUCACGAAGCAUUCAUCUCUCUGGUUACUUUGUGCGCACUGAUGGAGAUACUCUCCGUGAAGAAUAUGAAUUUGAUUCUGGGGAAGAUUUGUAUGAGACAGUGUCAGAGACAGAUGAUUCUAGUGAAUAUGAUACUGAAGAUGAUUACGGGGAUGACUAUAUGGAUGAUGAUGAAGAUCUAGAAAUGUUCCGAUCUUCAUCUGUCCCUAAUAGUGGAGUUGUGAUUGAGGAGAUAACUGAUGAUGUGAAACCUACAAAUGGAACUGGCCAAUCUAAGAUCCAAAAAAAGAAUCGAGCAAGUGACUCCAUGGAGCAAAAUGACUCCCAAAGACAAAUUGUUGUCAAGCAGAGUAGUAGUGUCCCAGUUUUGGAGAGUGAAGAUGAAGAUGGAUUUCCAAUUUCCACCUCUCAUGGAAGCAAAGCUACAGUUGUGGUGCCCAAAGAAGAAGAGGGACAGGUGGAGAAGAAAAAAACCAAAGAAAGCAAGAAGAAGAAAACAAAAGAUGUCGAUGAGAUUGCUACUACCAAGAAAAGAAAAGAUAAAAGUGCCAACCAAGAUGGUCAACUUGAAAGGAAAGCAAAAAAGAAAAAGCAGCAGAAAGAGAAGGACAAAGAUGAAAAAGCUCGUGAAACAGGCACAGGUAACGUGAUUAAUCAUAUUUCAGAGGAUGAGAUCCAACCUGAAGAGGAGAAUGACACUGACCUCCAGGUCUCUACUGAUAGAGGUGAUGACAGUCAGAGGGGCCUUGAGACAAAUUCGAUUGCUUUGCCUAGUGACAAUCGCGCUGAGAAGAAAAAGAAGAAUAAGAAGAAAGAUAAGAAGAAACAGGAGGCUGGAGGGGGGCUGAAUUCAGAACAACCUGUUUCAUCUAUGCAGGAUAGUGGUGAACCCACUUUGGUAUCUGGGGAAAAGCAAAAUACUGCUAAGCCUUCAAAAGUUAGAACCUGGGCAAAUGGAUUGGUGGUUGAGGAAUUAGCCAUGGGAAAACCAGAUGGUAAAAGAGCUUUUUUGGGGAGUCAGGUCGGUGUCCACUACAUUGGUAAACUUAAGAAAAAUGGAAAAAUAUUUGACUCGAAUGUUGGACGAGCACCGUUUAAAUUCCGCCUAGGUGUAGGGCAAGUUAUAAAGGGAUGGGAUGUUGGAAUUGAUGGCAUGCGUGUUGGGGACAAAAGGAGACUCACUAUUCCGCCACCAAUGGGUUAUGGGACUCAAGGUGCUGGUGGGAAGAUACCACCAAAUUCGUGGCUUGUGUUUGACGUGGAGUUGGUCAAUGUGCGUUGAGUAGCUAGCCGCUCAUAUAUGCAUCAGUUAUGGAGUUUUUGGUUGUUUUGAUCUGCAAAAUGAUAGGUCAAAUUUUGGUUGAGAUGAGUGCCUUUUUCUUAGGUGAUGAGGAAAUUUCUUGUGAGUUUGGUCAGAAAAUACUUUCACUGGAUUUGACUAGUUAAGGGUACGCAUCCUUACAAACCUCUUUUCUAUGAACAAUUUUGUUGGAAGAGAUUAAACUGCGGAAACCUGUUGUGGGAGUCGUUCAACAUUUAGUUAAUGCAAAAACACUGGUUAUUUCACAGAUGUGGAUUUCUAGGCAUCAUUGCCCCUGAUGGAUUUUUGUUUUAUCAGUAAACAGGGGUUGCUGUUUUCUUUGAAAUUAUUACCAUCUUGUUUGUUGCAUCAGAACUAUCUUUGUAAUUCCAUGUUGGAUCAGAUGCAGAUUCAUUGGUCAUAUUCAAGAGAAUAUGAUCUAUUGCGACCAUUCUUUAUUUGUGUUUGUCAUAAUUUUCAUGGCAGAACCGUACUUACCUGGCUGCAACCUCACUCUGGAUGGAUUGAUAUAAUUCAUAUGACAAAACAUAGAACAUACUUUCCACAGAAGAUCACACGAUUCAAAAACUUCAUUGAAGCACUUUCAGACUUGUAUAUGAUAACAGUUAACCGCUGUCACUGAUGACUAAUGAUUGAAUUAGGACCGUUGAUAGAAUUAGACGGUGGUUAUCUCUUGCUUGCCACGGGCUGCUCUUGGAAAGUCUAGUGCGCAUCUGCGAGGGAUAUAUUCGGCAAAUCCUGCCUCUUCGCCCGAGAAUUUUAUGUUCAUGCUCUCUCUUUCCGAUUCUCUCAUAUUCCUUUACGUCCUCCGAGGACACGAUGCAAUUGUUCUCUCUACUCGUCCGCAACGACAGGCCAUGCCCGAAAAAAUGGCUCCGUAAUUCUUUGGUUGAAGUAUGAUCGUCGAGUGCGAGUCGACGAUCAUUCGGGCCUUGUAGAUCGUUCUUCCCUACGUCUUCGAUCACGGAUUCUUUUUCGUACGUAUGCUUCUUCUGCUUUGUCUUGUAUUCCUCGUUUUUUCUCCUUGUUUUGUUAGGUUUUUCUUUGUUUUAUAUUUUAUCUCUAAUGUAUUGUUAAAACCUUGAAUCCGAACUCGAUUUGUGCUUUCACGAGCUCGCUCUCCGUCGGAUUUGUUAGGUUUCUCCUUGUGCUGUUAGGUCUUUCUUCUUUUGUUGAAGUAUGAUCUUCGAGUCCGAGUCGACGAUCAGCCGGACCUUGUAGCCGAACCAGAGUAUCGGGCCGUGGUUCCUCCCUUCGUCUUCGAUGACGGAUUCUUUUUCGUUCGUAUGAUUCUUCUGCUUCGUUUUGUAUUCCUCGUUUUCUUUCCUUGUGUUUUUUGGUUUUUCUUCAUCUCAUAUUCCAACUAAUGUAUCGUCAGAACCUAGAUCGGAACUCGAUUUUUGCUUUCAGAGCUCGUUUUUCCUCCUUGCGUUGUUAGGUUUUUCUUUGUCUUAUAUUCCAACUCUAAUCUAUUGUUAAAACCUAGAAUCGGAACUCGAUUUUUGCUUUUACGAGCUCGCUCUCCUUCAGAUUCUCUUAUCUCCACCUCCUCCUCUGAGCACGUUCUCUGUUCGCCCACGCAAGGCACUACCCACUCAAAGAUAUUGGCUGGAAAUUUGUGCAGGUUGAUUCUGUUUCUUCAGUAUGAUAAAGGGAACGUUUAAUCUGUCUCUGGACUUUCUGAGGCAAUGGGAUAGAGAGGUUAGUAUAUGAACAAGGUUGGUACUUUCCUAACUCUGAACAUUAUUUGAUCAUGGAAAAAUAUGUGAGAUCAGGCAUAUUAGCUGUCAAAAUUUGUUUUUAAGUUGAGUUGGUAAAACUAAAGCAUGACAUGCGAACUAGUGAGACCAUGUCAUAUGUUUAAAAGGUUGCCCCCCUUUGAUCCAUCUGUGUUCUAAUCUUGCCACUCGAAAUACAUCAUAAGAUCUGUCCGGCCCAACACUCAUUUUUGUUGCUGUUUUGAAAUUGUUUCAUUUUCUCAGCUAGUAGAGGAAUUUCUUUAGAUUCUACUCAUAAAGUUUUUCUUGAAUUGGAAAAUUAUGUCAUUGGCUCUAAUUCUUUUUUAUAUUGUACACUCCAUCGGUCAUUGUAAAGAAAUCUGUGUCCAAAAUUUUACUACAACUCUUAAAGGAUUAUAGAGAUAUAAAUUACUGUUAAACUAUUACCGUUGCUGGCUUUAUUGAUACACGUCAAGGUUUGAGUUGUCAAUUUGUGUUCUUUACGAUGCUGUUUCUGUAAUGGUUAUCGUGAUACUUAACAACGGUUGUUCUGCUCCAUAUUAACUAUAGUGUUUUAGCGUCAGAGAUGUGCUAUAUGCUCUUAUGUAACUUUUGUGCUGGUUUCACAACAACGAAGCUUGAGAGCUCCGGUUUUGCAAUGUUGCAUGUGCGAUGCUUCGCUCUAGGGUAUUUUGCUAGAAUAGAUGAACAUGUGUAGUGGUAUGUAUUUUCGCCAUCCUUUCGAGCACUUCGGUUUAGCUUGCAUGUUUCUGUGUAGUGUCAUGUAUCUAACUCGCAAGUUCUUUUC